ACAAUUUACAAUCGAUCUAAUCGAUCGCGACGCGAGGAAGUCGGAGCGCGCCAGGCUGCAAAGCUGCGCACGUCGAGAGGACGCGCUGCUCGCGAAUGACAGAUCGUUAUCUAACGAGACAGCCGGACAGCCAACUAGAGAAGACAGAACAUCGCCGCAAGCUGAAACUAUGGCAACGCACGAGGAUCUCUUCCUUAGAGCUAGAGGCCGGACCUUUAUUGGGCUGACUCAAGAUGAGCAGAAAGACUGGAGUGGUCCCUUCUGCUUCAUCCAGGCUGCAGACCCUCAGCUGGGUCUCAUGAAGUCCUGGAGGGUGGGGGACUGCGAUGGCGGGGGGGAUGAGUGGGAGGACGAAGUCCGGCUCACCCGGCAGGCCGUGGAGGCCGUCAACAAGCUGAGGCCCCGUCCGCGCUUCAUGGUGCUGUGUGGGGACCUGGUCCAUGCCAUGCCUGGUAAUGAAUACAGAGAAGCUCAGGAGAGGGACCUGAAGGAAGCUCUGAGGGGCAUUGACCCAGAGAUCCUCCUUGUGUUUGUCAGCGGAAACCACGACCUUGGCAACACCCCCACGCCGCAAACGGUUGAGCUGUACCGGCAGCACUGGGGUGACGACUACUUUAGUUUCUGGGUAGGCGGGGUGCUCUUCCUGGUGCUCAACUCGCAGCUCUUCUUCGACGGCUCAGCCUGCCCCGAGCUGAGGGACGCGCAGGAGGCCUGGCUGGAGGCCCAGCUGCAGAGUGCGACCCGGUCCCACUGCCGCCAUGUCGUGGUCUUCCAGCACAUCCCCCUGUACCUGCGCUCCCCAGACGAGGAGGACGACUACUUCAACCUUCAGAGGGCGGCGAGGGAACGCCUCAUCCAGCAGUUCCGGCAGGCAGGAGUGAAGGCAGUGUUUUCUGGCCAUUACCAUCGCAACGCAGGGGGGGUGCACGAUGGCCUGGACAUGGUGGUGAGCUCCGCCAUUGGCUGCCAGCUGGGAACGGAUUCCCACGGCGUGAGGGUCGUCGUGGUGACCGAGGACCAAGUGGUUCACCGGUACUACAGCCUGGAUCAGCUGAGUGAAAAGGGUAUGGAUGAGGACCUGAAGAAGCUCCUUGCUUGAUUUUGCACCUGCCCACAAACCUCUUCACUCAGAGGAGCUCUGAGCCAACAGCCACUGCCACCUGGGUGGCAUCUGUUGCUCUACAGAGCAGCCUGUCUUCCCAGGAUCCAGACUCGUGCUAACAAUCACAAGCCCAUCGUUUCCAGGAAAUAGUUCAUCACUGUGUUAUAUGAGCCAUUUCAUUCCUUACCCGCAACGAGAAGGACACCAAGGUUUUUGGAAAGACGGAUGUUGUGUGGAUCAAUACACAUUGCACUGUUAUUUCCAAAAUAGUGAUGAAACAAAUAAGGACAACAUGAACACAAGACCAGGGUAUUAAUUCUGAUGUUUUCAGUCUUUUUUACAGUACUUAGAAUUACUUGGAAUUACAGAUGGCCUGAUUAGUUCAAUCUGUUCAUCUCCUUUCCCAUUCUGUGUUCUCACUUCCAAAGGAUGGCCGUAAUGAAAGGAGAGGGUCAUCUGGAAGUGUGCUGACCUCAUUUCACAUGUAGUGAAUUACUGUAUUCCUUGUCAUUGUUCACAUCUUAUUAAGGUCAUGAUGAUUUUCAUUCAGGAUUUGGAAUCAGAUGCUUCAAAUUAUGAUCAUUUGAAAUGUUCCAUUAUUACAUUUUAUCCACUGUCUG